AUGGUUAUUCACUGUGCAUCUCAUCGCUCCUCAACAGCUAGUGCAUUUUUAAUGCCAGACUUUUCAAAUAAAUUGAUAAAAUUGGAGGAUAAAUACGAAUAUAAUGAUUCCUUGGACUCGAUGAUCGGCAUGGGUGCAUUUGGUGCAGUUUUCAAGGGAAACGUGAAAGAUUCCACCGAUCCGGUUGCAAUCAAACGAAUGCUCAAAGUACACGUAAAAGAGAGCGAGUUGAAGUUAAUUAAAGAACUCCACUCGGAGUAUUUGGUUGGCGUACUAGACAUUUGCAAUUAUGACGACUUCUUCUGUUGUCUUAUUAUGGAACUUUGCGAUUGUGAUCUAGACCACCAUAUGCGAAACAUUUCCGAGAAAGGGAGAUUGAAUCAAUCGAAUUUCAGGCAAGUCUAUAGGCUGUUUAAGAUUCUUUGCAUAAGAGAUUGGGAUAAGCUUGGAAUUGUGGGUGGUGGUAGUAAACAUGUUUUGAUUCUUCGGGAAGAAAGAAUAAAGAAACUUCUCAUGGAUAACAUCGCUCGAGGAUACAAAGCACUUUAUGAGCUGAAAAUUGUUCAUCGAGACAUCAAACCACAAAACAUUUUGAUCACUUAUACGGAUGCAUCGAAACAAAUUGCCUGCGCUCGUAUUACUGACUUUGGGAUCGCCAGAACUUUGGACGAUGAGAGUGAAGAGCUCUGCAAUGUGGCUGGUACCUUUUACUACAUGGCUCCAGAAGUCGGAGCAAAUCUUCUGAAGACUUGCCAAUACGAUUCUAAAGUUGAUAUGUGGAGCAUCGGAUGUCUUCUAUAUCAAUGCGUAACUGGAGAGGUCCCAUUCGACGAGUGCAGCCUGUGCAAGCUCUUCCUCUAUACGGCGGGCGCCAAUUUUGACGCCUACGAUCCGCCCGAGUUGCCCGUCGAAUUGAGUCAAGAGGUGUCCGGAAUCAUUCAAUCGCUUCUUCAACUCGACACCACUCAACGUUGUACACCUACGCAGUUCUAUGACAAAGCGAUUGGUUGGAGCCAACAAAUUUGUUAA